AUGACACCCGUCAAGGAACUGAAGUCGUUGGCCGACCAUGUCAAGUAUGUAUUCCUGGGAAAGGAAAACACACCUCCAGUGAUUAUUUCGAGUAAGCUUACCAAAACUCAAGAAGACGAGCUCGUGAAAGUUCUCCAGUCACAUAAGCAAGCGUUGGGGUGGAUUAUCUCGGACAUAAAGAGAAUAAGCCCCUCAAUUUGCACGCAUUGCAUUUUAUGGGAAAUAGAAGUUGAACCUGUUCGUCAACCCCAACAUCGCUUGAAUCCGGUGGUGUUGGAUGUCGUGAAAGCUAAGGUCUUGAAGCUUCUGGAGAUGAGUGCAAGCGGCGAGCAUAAGAAACUACGAACUCAAGAACUGGAAGAGAUGAGAAACGAGGCCGAUGAGAGCGCUAAGAUCUACAAGGAGAAGACGAAGGCUUUUCAUGAUAAGAUGAUUUCGAGAAAGCAGUUCAUAGUUGGGCAGAAAGUUCUCCUGUACCAGUCCCGUCUUUGGUUGUUCCCAAGGAAGCUACGAAUGAGAGGGGAAGGACAUUUUGAAGUCACCAAGGUCUGUAUGCAUGGGUCAAUUCAGAUUCGAAGUCCGUCAAGCUCGAAGGCUUUUGUAGUCAAUGAACAUCGACUUAAGCCAUAUCACGAGAAUUUUCAGCUUGAGCAUGAAGAAAGAAUGGGUCCCCAGGACUCCGUUUAUUCUGAAUAA